UCUGUCCAGCUCGAGGAGGAGCAGCAGGGUCUGCAGAAGAAGCUGAAGGGGACGGAGGAUGAGGUGGAGAAGUACUCGGAGAACGUCAAGGACGCUCAGGAGAAGCUGGAGCAGGCGGAAAAGAAAGCCACGGAUGCUGAGGCAGAGGUGGCCUCCCUGAACCGCCGCAUCCAGCUGGUAGAGGAGGAGCUAGACCGGGCCCAGGAGCGCCUGGCCACUGCGCUGCAGAAGCUGGAGGAGGCAGAGAAGGCAGCUGAUGAGAGCGAGAGGGGCAUGAAGGUCAUCGAGAACAGGGCCAUGAAGGACGAGGAGAAGAUGGAGCUCCAGGAGAUGCAGCUGAAAGAGGCCAAGCACAUAGCGGAGGAGGCCGACCGCAAAUACGAGGAGGUUGCCCGCAAACUGGUGGUCAUUGAGGGGGAGCUGGAGCGCUCUGAGGAGAGGGCAGAGGUUGCAGAGAGCCGUAUGAGGCAGCUGGAAGAAGAGCUGCGGACCAUGGACCAGACCCUCAAGUCCCUGAUCGCCUCAGAGGAAGAGUACUCCACCAAGGAAGACAAAUACGAGGAGGAGAUCAAGAUUCUAACAGAGAAACUGAAAGAGGCUGAGACCCGAGCGGAGUUUGCAGAGCGCUCGGUGGCGAAGCUGGAGAAAACCAUUGAUGACUUGGAAGAGAACCUGGCCAGUGCCAAAGAGGAGAACGUGGGCAUCCACCAAGUGCUGGACCAGACCCUGCUGGAGCUCAACAACCUCUGAGCCGCCCGCGCGGCUGCAGGGCACGGAGCGCCGCGCCGCGCCGCGGCCAAACGCACACCCGGGACGAGGGCGCCGCGCCGCGCCGCGCCGGCCCAGGGCGCCCGGACACCCGCCCCGCCUCUUCCCUCAUUAAAGCAGUUUGACAAAC